AUGGCUGAGGCUCUCACCCAGUGGGGGCAGUUGAAGCCUUCCCAGGGAGAUGUACCUGAGAAGCACAGGAAUCUGGUCCUUCUGGGGCUUCCAAUUUCCAAUCCCAGUGUAAUCUCUCAGUUGGAGCACAGGGAGGAACUGGAGAGAGAAGUCUCAAAAACAGCCAGUUCAGACUGGGAAAGAAUACCAGAAAGCAAAGAGCUAAUUCCAGAGAAAGACUUUCCUAAAGAAGAAGCAGCCCCUGGGGUGUUAAUAGAAAGAUUUUCAGAGGAACGUUCCAGUGAAUGUGAAAAUGCUUUAGAAAGUCAGCCAGAAAACCAUGAGAAACACGUAAUACAAGAGGUUGUCUCUCAGAACAAACUUCCUGGGGAGAGAAAUUACCAGUGUGAUGAAUAUAGAGGAAAUUUUAGCCGACAGUCAUUAUUUGUUCAACAGCAAGGAAAGAGACUCCAUAAUUGUGAUUCAUUGAAAAAAAACUUAAAACAAAAUUCAGAUAUAAUUAGGCAUGAGAGAAUUUGUAUUGAAAAGAAACCUUGGAAGUGUAGUGAAUGUGAAAAAGCCUUCAGUUACUACUCAGCUUUUGUGUUGCAUCAGAGAAUUCACACAGGAGAAAAACCCUAUGAAUGUAAUGAAUGUGGUAAAACUUUUAGCCAGAGUAUACACCUUACUCUGCACCAGAGAAUUCAUACUGGAGAGAAGCCCUACAAAUGUCACGAAUGUGGGAAAGCCUUCAGCCAUCGCUCAGCCCUUAUUCGGCAUCAUAUAAUUCACACUGGAGAGAAACCCUAUGAGUGCAAUGAAUGUGGGAAGGCUUUCAAUCAAAGUUCAUACCUUACUCAACAUCAGCGAAUCCAUACUGGAGAAAAACCUUAUGAGUGUAAUGAAUGUGGGAAGGCUUUCAGCCAAAGCACUUUCCUUACCCAGCAUCAGGUUAUUCACACUGGAGAGAAACCGUACAAGUGUAAUGAAUGUGGCAAAGCCUUUAGUGAUCGUUCAGGCCUUAUUCAGCACCAGAGAACUCAUACUGGGGAGAGGCCUUAUGAAUGUAAUGAAUGUGGGAAAGCCUUUGGCUACUGUUCAGCCCUGACUCAGCACCAGAGAACUCACACUGGGGAGAGACCGUAUAAAUGCAGUGAUUGUGCCAAAGCCUUCAGUGACCGCUCAGCCCUUAUUCGUCAUCAAAGAACACACACUGGAGAGAAACCUUACAAGUGUAAGGAUUGUGGAAAAGCUUUUAGCCAGAGCUCAUCUCUUACAAAGCAUCAGAAAACUCACACUGGAGAAAAACCCUAUAAGUGUAAAGAAUGUGGGAAAGCCUUCAGCCAGAGUUCAUCCCUUUCUCAGCAUCAGAAAACUCAUUUUGGAGGGAAAACCAAGGAAUCUGGACAAACCUUUAGUGAGCAACCAGCCUUUGGCCAACAGAAGAGAAUCCAUACUGGAUAA